AUGGCCGACAUUCCGGGAGGAAACGUCUGUCCAUGGCUUCAGGAUCUGCCCGAGUCUUUCGAAUGUUGGCCCGCACCGGUUGCAUGCUCUCACGGAGACCAGCAACUGACACCUGCCAUAACCCCAAGUGAUAUUGACAGAACCGACGACUCAGCAAGCCCGAAAAAAAGGCCUCGUCAUCACGGGGAAGAUGUUGAACUCACUCCGCGUCCUCCACGGCGCAGCGUGAGGGCGUCUUCCUCUACUUCCACCAGUUCGCGUUCACCUUCGCCGCUAAAAAGACAACUCAUGACGCUACGCCUCGAUGAACACGGUCUUGUAUUCCGGCAGCUUCAGAUCGAUAAGCCGCCGCCUAUCCCCGCCGCUGUUGAUCUGUUCUCUGACCUUGGCGACAUUGGCAACGGCAUAGAGAUCCUUCCCGAAGAUCUGCGUGUAUCUAUUACCAACGGCCUAUCGAUCCGCGGGCCAACUGCUCGCGCGUGGAGAUACUCUUUCAAGACAGAUGAUUCACGUAAUUUACCUGGCCGUGUCCCUUCAACGCAAGCUAUUAUUCUCGUGUCUGAGUGGGCCAAGAGGUGCCAUGAAGCUGAACACGAGGAGGCGGCUUGGGGUGAGGAAGUCCACCAUCGACUGUUGGAAGCCAUAUUCCGAGAUUCGGGCACAUCGAAGGGGGAUAAAUUCGAUUUCACAUCAUGCCAAACUGCUCGACCACAUCAAAGAUGGCUCCUCCAAUCUGGGAGAGCCAACAUGAUUGAUAAGUGCAUAUAUUAUGACACUAGCGAGGAUAUCGGCUACGCACAGGCACUUCGAGAGCUCGCCCGGCACACACCGACCUUGACCGUCAACCACACAGAUUUUAUGCCUCUACAGCUGCAGAUAAUAGUAGUCAGUAUUGAAGCCAAGAAAAGAGGAGGAAGGCCAGAUGCGAAACUGCAAAUGGGCACUUGGCAUGCCGCUCAAUGGGCCUUCCUGCGAUGGGCUGUCCUCGCGGCGCUGCAACGUAGUAAGCCUGAUGAGGAUCCAUCCUUGCUGGAACAGCAAGCCGAUGAGAAUCUCUCGCAACUUCCGUUCCUCGUAGGUAUCAUUGUCGAAGGUCAUUCGUGGGCAUUCGCUCUAUCAACACGCGAAGAAUCAAAGACUAUUCUCUGGGAGGAUCACCGUUUUGGGACGACGGAGAACCACCUUGGCAUUUACAAUCGAGCUGUUUAA